CCUAAUGAAGUGUGGCCAAACCUUAACAUGGCCAAUCACUGUCAACAUGCUUCCAGUAUUAGCGGACUGGUAUGCUGUGGGAUCACAGCGGAAGGAUGUGCCUCUUUGGCUUCAGCUCUGAAGUCCAACCCUUCCCAUCUAAGAGAGCUGGACCUCAGAUACAACUACCCUGGAGAGUCUGGAAUGAUGGUGCUCCUUGAAAGACUGGAGGACCCAAAAUGCAGACUGGAAAUACUCAAUCUGGAUCAGAAUGAAGAACACUGGGUCAGACCACAGCUUCUGAACAAAUAUGCCUGUAAUUUGACCUUUGACAUCAAUACAGCCAGUGAACACCUUAUCCUGUCUGAAUGUGGGAGACAAGUUACUUUAACAAAGGAGAAGCAAACUUAUCCUGAUCAUCCUGACAGGUUUGAAUGCAGCGGUCAGGUGCUGUGCAGAGAGGCUCUAUCUGGACGCUGUUACUGGGAGGUGGAGUGGAAAACAAGUUUCGUGAACGUUGGUGUUGCCUUUAGGAAUGUUAAGAGGAAAGGAUGGGACGCAGAAAUACUAAGGAGUGAUGAAACCUGGUUAUUUUAUAAUUAUUCAUCAAGUGGUUUCUCAUUUCAACACAGACAUCAGGCUGUCUUCCUUCCACUCCCAUUUAUUGAUGUUAAAUUCCUGGCCCGACCCAUGAGACUGGGCAUAUUUCUGGACUCAACUGCUGGCAUUCUGUGUUUCUAUUGGCUCUCUGAUGACACAAGGACUCUGCUUCACACGUUCCACUCAACUUUUACUGAGCCUGUUUACCCUGUAUUCAGUGUUCCUUUUGGUUCUCUUACCCUGCCAGCUGUUGAAAAGCUGGAAAUGGAUCAUGUUCCAUUGGGCUUCACGCCUGAGGUCAGCAGAGAGAGAAUUGGUAUCUCUUACAGUUUCCAGUUUCAUGGCUCAGGUCUGUAUCGAUGUUCUCUGACUGGCCUGGUGUUCAGAGUGACCCAUAAAGGGGAAGUGAUGUACAGGACUCAGAUUUGGGACGACAUGCUCCUGCAGCUAUCUAAUAAACAGCCUGGUGGACCUCUGUUCAGCAUCCAGUGCCCUCAGGACUGCAUCAGUGAACUGCAGCUGCCACACUGUGAACCAGAACCAGGUAAACCGUCUCUGAGUUAA